AUGGCCUUUAUAAACUGGCACAUCACCCUCUCGGUAAUCAUUGUCGUGACUAUCAAAGUUACCGGUACAACCUUUUUUCUCCUUUAUUUGCCACAGAUUUUUCCUCCUGUCCUUGAAAGGAGCCUCAAUUCCACCAGCACGGAGAAAAGCAUAACAGCACCAUCACUAUCUCCCACUACAUUUGAAGGGAACUUCAAAUACUCUACCACUGAAAACAGCAGAACUGGCUGCCCUAUUCGGUGGGAUUUUCAGGAUGGCAAAUGCUAUUUCUUCUCUACCAAUGAAGAAAACUGGAAUAAAAGUCAGAGUUGGUGCCUUAAGGAAGGGGCUACAUUAGCUGUUAUCAAUAAUUCAGAUGAGCAGCGUUUUCUCAAGUACAGAGCUCGCUCAGAGGUAUAUUUCAUUGGCCUUCAGUAUAACUUAUCACAAAGAAGGUGGAGAUGGGUUGAUGGUUCAGAAGACAUUGAGAUCACCAUGUCAAUUAGCCCACCAGAGUUUGACUGUGCAACUAUUGGGGUCAGUGAUGAAGUGGAACCAUCAUCUUGUGAGAUUUCUCAUCGAUGGAUAUGUGAGAAGAUUGCCACAUAA